UUUGAAGAACUCGGAUUUGAAAAUGGCCGGAAUAUGUUUGCUGCUGAUAGCACUGCUGAGCGGAUUGAUUCAGAAGGGCCCAGUGCAAAUGCUGAUCCGGAUAAAAAGAUAGACUUGUCAUCAAGGCUAACGUCAUUUUUCUCUUCCCACAGCGAAGCUGCAGAAAAAUUGGACUGCCCUUUCAAGCCUCCGAAAAGCAAGCGAAUGGAGAUUCUUUGCCACCUGCAGCGUGUUGCGCAGGAGAUUGGUGUGUCGGACCUGACGUCAUGUGAACUUGCCGAAGCACUCGAUGAUGCUGAUCCAUUGAAAUAUUUGAGGAACGAGUUCUUCUAUCCUAAAAUGAAAACACUCCCUCAUGUUGAUUUGUCACUGGUCAAUCCCGAUGAUGAUAGUAUUUAUAUGUGUGGCAAUUCGCUUGGUUUGAUGCCAAAACGGACGAAAUUACUAAUGGAUGAACAAUUUCUGAAAUGGGCAAACAUGGGUGUUUUUGGACAUUUCCAUGAGCCGUUUGCUUGGGCGCACAGUGACGAGUCUGUACUGGACGGGAUUGCCAAAUUAGUUGGAGCUGAAAGGAGCGAGGUUGCAAUAAUGAACAGCUUAACAGUCAACUUGCAUAUUUUGUUGCGAAGCGGCACAAAAUUCUCACGGAAUGGAAAGCAUUCCCGUCUGAUCACUAUGCGAUCGAGUCGCAGAUUCGGUUGA